UUGAAAAAUUGAACUAUACAGAAAAGGAACUGCUAAUAAAUAUUAUCUAAUGGUUAUGACUCGUUGUCUUACUCAAGAAAAUAACUUGUGAAAAGACAGAGCUGUUAGCGCACAGUGCUGCCAGCUAUGGUUGCUAGCUGGGAUAAUUACUAAAGAGCAGUUAGUAACAACACUCACCCGGAGGCAGAAGGGCCCCAGUGGGGAUUUUGCCUGCCCUGGAGCAGCACCAUGGAUCUCAGUGCAAACACUGGCACACUCCCCACCCACACUGCUUUUGGUGAGCCUGUGUUGGAGAAGUCUCACUGUCAGGCAGAAAGUGGAGGAACUAUCUCUCUACAGCUGCUGGAAUUUAAAGCCUGUCUACUUGAAGUUAUCGAGGAGCUGCAUAUUAGAAGGGAUGCAGAGACACGUUAUGAGGAUCAGAUAAGUAAACUAGUGUUGGAGAAACAAGAGCUGGAGUGGGAAAAGGAAUCUCUACAACAUCAAAUUAAAACAGCAGCAGAUCAGCACACUGAGUUACUCACCAAUGUUAAGAAGCAGUUUCAGGCCAAAAUACGAAGCAUUGAGGAGGAGAAGGGGAAAUACCAGGUCACCGCUGAAUUAAAAGACAAGGAGAUGAACAACUUGAAGGAAGAGCUGAAGUCACUGCAGUUGCUGAAGUACAACUUGGAGAAGACAUCAAGUGAGCUGGAGCAGAAACUAGCUCUGCAGACCCGGACAAAGGACACACACCUGAACCAACUUGGGGAAGUGGAGAAACGAUUCAGUGCCCUUUCCAGGCAGUGUGCCAUGGUCAAACAUGCUCACGAGAAACUAGAGCAAAAUGUUGAUGAGGCCAUGAGAAUCAAUGAAAAACUGACCUCUGCUAAUCAAAAACAAGAGGCAACAAUUGUGUUACUUACAAAGGAGUUGGGUGAAGUCAGUAAGAAGCUAAUUAAGGUCAAGAUGACAUCAGUUCGACAUGACAAGAUCCACAGUCCUUCAGGGAGGGAGCACCAUGUACAGGAGCUGCACCAGAAACUCAACAUGGAAACUGAAAUGAAUAAGAAACUAAGAGAGGAGAAUUUAACUGAACGAGCAGAAAAGCGGGAGUUGAUGAAGUCUUUGCAGCAUACCCAGCAGCUGCUGUUGUGUCAGACUCAGACUGUGGGGAGAAUAGAAACGGAGCUAAAGACCCAAACAGAAAUGUACCAGGCCUUUCAGCAAGAACAUGAAGUGAUGCGAGAGAAGAGCAAAGCACUGGAAGACAAGGUGGCCCAACUGACUGAGACCUACACUGCUUCCAAGACCACUUGGGACAAAGAGAAGGUGGUGUUUCUGGAUCGCAUCAAGAGAGAGAAGGAAGCUCUACAAACAAUAAAAGAAGCUUAUGAAGAGCUUCAACAGAAACACACUGAGCUGACUUUACAGGUCAAAUCACAGCCUACGCACAUUAACGAACAGGAGAUGAAAGACAACAGUGUUUCUACCCAACAGUUUUCCUCAGUGGUGCAGGAUGUCAGAGACGCAAAAACUCUCAAUGAGCCCAACUCAGUUUCUGAGCUGCCUGGCUUCAGCAGUCUGCAGCACCUGGUCUCCUCUCCAGCCAAAAAUCCUGAACGUCUGGAGGACACAGGAGCUGUCUCUGAGUUAGCUGCCUUAAGUGCAAGUGGAGGAAAAGACCAGGACAAUCACCAUUUACGCAUCUUAAAUCAUCCAGCUGUGUUAGCCUGCCCACUGACAACCAGCGACCUGUCCAGCCACUGCAAUAACUCUGAAACAAACUCAGAGGUCUUGACCAAAAAUAUGAACAACUCUGAAAUUGAUAUUGUUUCAGAUCUAACUGUGUCUAAAGAUGUUCUUCAGAGCAAACUUAGCCAUGUCAGUGGCAACACAACUGCAUCCAGCCCUGAGUGUGAGUCCAUGGAUGAAUCUGGUAAAGAAGAUUUACUGACCAAAGAAAAAUAUGAAGAGGGUGACGGAGGAAUCAAUGAGGGAAAACUGGGAAGGGAAAUUGAUGGGAAGCAACAUAGCAACACAGAGCAAGUGGAAAAUAUUGCAGAGCAGCAGAACAGAGAAGAAUUUAAAGAAGACGUGAACGAUGCUGGAGAAAAAAGAACAGUCGUAGCACAAACAACAGAUAGAGCAGACAUGCAUGAGGAUAAUGUGGGGUCAGCAGAGGGAACAGGGAAGACCCGUAACCCUGAAACAGAAGAUAAAGCAGAUGGAGAAGUAACAGAUGGAGUGAAAGAGAGAGGACAGACAGCAGAGCACGCAGCAGAAACACAGAUACCAACUCAGACGACUACUGAUACGAGUCAAAAGAGCCUCACAUGGCAGGUCAAUGACUUCAUGGACGCUGAGCCUCUGACUGCCUGUGAACCCUCACACAUCUCUCAGAAAGUCACUCAUAAGGAUGCUGACAGUAGCAGCUUGAAUAAAGAAGUCUGUGCAGAUGAGCACCAGAGAGUCACUCAAAAUGUGCUCCCUCUGUGUCAAGAUGCUGAGCCACUUAAUCAGUCAAUUUGUCAGGCUAUUGAUCCAUCCAAGGAAACCGCAGAUGAAGUUCUCAUUCAGUUGCCUACAUGUACCUCACAGAUAAAUGUUGCUCCACAAGAUGGUCAGUCUCCCGGUAAUACUGAUUUCCAAGAGCAAAAAUCAAGUCAAACAGAAACUGAAACGUGUAAUCCUUCAGACAUUAUUACUAAUGUGAAGCAGGCAGAUGAAACAUCUGAUACAUGUGUGAGCGAAGAGUGUGUAUUAGUGAAAAAAUUGACUGAACUACAACCGUUGUCUCAGAGCCGGGAGCCUGCAGCACAGGAGAGUGGACAGCUGAUGUCUGAUGGUAAAGAUGGUGCAGAUCAGUGGAGGGAAAGCCAGUCAGGUGGAAGCAAUACCUGUGACACUGGAAUGGCACCUGGGACCACUUCAUGUUUAGAAGAAACAAAGGCGGCUCCACAACCUGAACCUGCAGUACAACAUGAAAAUCGUGAGAAGCACAUACAACUUGAGAAACUGAAAGAAGCAGGAAAUGCAGAGAUAACUAAAAGGGAAACUGAUUUGAAGCCGUCUGCCUUUCCAAGUCCUGAGAAUGACUCAUUAUCAAAAACUGAUUCUGAUGAGUCAUUCCUGUCCAGGAAAAAGACUCACAGACCAUUAUUUGAAUGGGGAACUGCGCAGAGGAAAAUUCAAAGCUCCAAAAGCAAGUCAGAUGUCUCCGCCCUGCAUCAGUUCAUUGAGGGAGCCGGUAUAUCUGCACCACAUACCACAGGACCUGGUGAAAUACAUGGACAUCCACUCAGCACAAUACCCACGUUCAUCAAAAAUAAGUCCAACAAAGUCCCCUUGGUGAUGACCAGGACUUCAGAUCUGUGCAGACCUCCCAGUGUCUCUUCGAUUGCAGCUUCCUCCAGAGGACAACAGCAAGGAGAGUGGGAGGCAAAGGAAGAGACCCGCAGAGAGGCAACAGAAGCAGAAAUGGAUAGAAGAGCUUCUCUGUGCAUCAGUUCCCUCCCAGUUUCCACCUCUUCCAGUGUGGAAAGUAAAGUGUCAUGGAAAAUGUCUGCAGAAUGUAGCAGAGCUCCCUCAUCAGCUGCAGGUCCUGGUCCAGAGUCCAUCUGGGAACCCUCUUGCUCCCAGGAAAGGGAAAAUCAGCAGUCAUCAUUUAGAGCCCAGAUCUCCAUAAUCGAACAGUUUCUCAACACUGAGAGGCUUCGUCUGCCCAAAAGACGACGAACUGAAAACUGAAACACCGGAUACUGAUAUCCUUUCCAUUUUGUGACUCAUAUUCGGUGAAUGUUACUUCUUUUUAUUCUUAAAGCUUUCACUUUUAUCAUAAAGAUGCAUUCUUGAUUUUGCUAAAUUAUAUGAAUUCCCUCAGAUUACAGCAUUGGUCUGUGUUGAGACUUGUGCAGGAAGGUCUAGUUUUUGAACCGUUUGUUCAGUUUAUUGUUAAACAUUUCUGUUUUUGCAGGAAAAGAAGGAAGGGUUAAUUGUUCAUUUGGAUGUUAAUAUGCCAAUGUCAGAAUUUCUAAAUGUAAUGUUAGCAUAUAGCUGUAAGUGUGUAAACCAUUGGUUUGCACAUGGAUUUGUUUGCAUUUGGUUGUUUUCUAAAUGUUGUACAUACAUUAAAUGUUCAUUGUGCUUUACAUGACAAAAAUUGGUAAAACUCCA